UCAAGUCCAUAGAGUGCUCCUGGCUGCCAGUAGUGACUACUUCCGGGGAAUGUUCACCAGCGGGAUGAAGGAAUCCCAGCAGCCCUGUGUGGCCCUUCCCUUCAUGGAGGCCUCUGAGCUGGAGGCCCUGAUUGACAGCUCCUACAGCGGGUCCCUCCCCCUCUGCUGGGGACGUGUCUUUGAGAUCACCUGCAUUGCCUUCCAGCUCCAGUUCCAGCACGCCCUCUUGCUGUGCCUUGACUUCCUGGAACAGGAAAUGGACGCCCACUCCUGCCUGGACGUGGCAUCUUUUGCUGAGGCUUAUGGGAUAACGGAGCUCCUCGAAGUGGCCAACGACUUUGUCCUGAGACACUUCCAAAAUGUGGCAGCCACCCCUAAAUUCCAAGACCUGCCAGUUAAGAAGCUUAUAAAAUACCUGAAAAGCAACUCCCUCUUUGUACCCUCAGAGCUUGUGGUCUUCAAGGCAGUAGAGGUCUGGAUCAAGGCCUGUCCCAGUCAAAGGCUUAAACUCACCAAAGAGCUGGUGAAGAACAUCCACUUUCCCCUCAUGACCUUCACAGAGUUCAGUGAAGUUAAAACCGCAAAACUGUGGACUGAAUGCAACAUGAAUCAUCUCUACCUGACUAUACUGGAGGACUUUCACUCCUAUCAAGUUACACCUUGGAGCCUGUGCAGGGUCUACCAGCCCAAGGACAGUCUAGUCUUGGUGGCUGGAGACCAGAUCUCUGCCGACUUUAUCCGGCGAUCCCCCAGCAGAGAACUGUGGUUCGGGAACUCUCUGAGGAACUACACAGGCAUUGUGAAGACAGUUGAGUGGAGGUUGCUGGGAGAGAUGCCAAAGCCACCAAGGUUAAGUCACGAGGUGGCUGUAGUCGCAGGGAAGUUGUACGUGCUCGGGGGACAGAAUUAUAAAGGAAUGCUUGCCGUUUUAAACUCAGUCUACAGGUGAGAUAAGAACUUUGGGGUUUGUAUCUACUAACUAAUGAGUCCUUUAGGUAUUAAUAUUUUUACAUAUUUAUGUUUUUACAUUAUUUUCUUCCUUCAUCUCUCAUUCUUUACGUUCUUUCAGAUAUAAUCCGCUUCAGGACCGCUGGGAGAGAAUGACCGACAUGCAGGAGAAAAGGUGUAAUUUUUCCGUGGUUGUUCUGGACGAGAUUAUAUAUGCCAUUGGAGGGUACAUUGAUCCAGAAACUAACCUGGAUAGUGUGGAGCGCUACUGUCCAAAUACAGAUUCUUGGAGGUAAGGUUUUUCUUUGGUAGCUCAAAAAGGAAUGGUAUCACAGAAUCGCUUGCGGUACUUAAUGGUUCCAUUGGAAAUGGUAUGCAACUUAUUAAGUAAAACUUUGUUUCUUUGUUGCUAUCUUUACCAAAUGUGGCGUUCCCUGUUAGCUUUGCCCAACCCUUGGAUAUGACCUUGAGUUGCCAUGCUUCCACAUUGUUGGAUGGAGAGAUCUUCAUCUCAGGGGGGUUCGACUGCAGGUACCAGUGUCUGGUGUCCAUGUUCCUGUACCAUCCUGAGAGAGGAACAACCUACCUGGCAGAGAUGAGCCAACCUCGAGCCCAUCACUGCAUGGAAACUUUAAACAAUCAUCUUUAUGUGGCUGGAGGAGUCACUGUUGAUGAAAACAUGACGUCUGUCGACCAGCUGGCCUGUGAGGUCUACGACCCUGUUAGUGACUCCUGGAGUGCCCUCAUGCCCCUGGCCGUCUCCCAUGUUAGAGCAGCCUCUGUGGUUCUGGAGGGGAAGAUCUAUGUGCUGGGAGGAUACUGCCAAGAGGACUACAGGGAGACCAGACUGGUGCAUCGUUAUGAUCCCACCAACCAACUUUGGGAGAAUAUCGGCGAGAUACCCGGACCUAACACUGACAUAAGAGCCUGUUUGCUCCACCUGCCCAAACACUUGAGACAAUGAAAAAUCACUAUACAUCCCAUAACACCACACUAAAUAUUAUUCCACUACAUGACCUACACCUUACUCCACCCAACUCUUAUAAGUUAAGAAUACUGAGUAUACCAUCCAUCUAGCUAACACCAAGCUACAUUUUCAGUUUUACAAAUCAUUUAUUUUGUAUAUAUUUAGCUCACACCAUUUCAAAUCAAUAAUAAAAUGAUAUAUAAAUGUUCUCUACUGUCUAACAGCUA